UUUCCCUCUCAAAGCUUCGCAGAGCCAAAAAUUGCAAAACCAGAGAGAGAAUGAGUGACCAUAAACGCAAUGCUUCAUCAAUUGCUGCCGCUAUGGAAGCUUCUAUUGAAGCUACCAUGUCCAAGAAAAUGAAAACUGAUAUUGCUUCUUGUCAAUUACAGCUGCCUUCUUCCGGUGUGCAGCUCCGAAGCUCACAUGUGCCGGACACAGCGAUUUCUCCGGCCACCUCUCUGAAUUCCACUGAAACGGUGGUUUCCGAAGAACAUUUGUAUGGUCGGUUACCAUUGUCCUUUUCCUCGGUAUCCAGCGCUAAUAACGUUGAAACCAUCGGUGCUGUUGAAAACAGCACGGCGGCGGCGUCGGAUCUGGAGACCAGCGUUUUAGAAGCUGGAGACUCAACGUAUAGCACCUUCAAAUUAUUCAGCAAAGACAGGUACUCGUUGAACGACUUUUGCGGAGAUUCGGAAGAAAUGAAGGUAUUUCCGGUGAGGUCUUCAGUAGAUGCGAGCGAGAAUCGGAAGUUUCCGGCGUCAAAGAUGGCGCCAAAGGAGGAGAUUGAAGAGUUCUUAGCAAUGGCAGAGAAAUACGAGCAAAAGCGUUUCGCAGAGAAGUACAACUAUGAUAUUGUUAAAGAUAUGCCAUUGCAAGGUAAAUAUGAAUGGGUUCGUUUAAUUUGAAUCCAUGAAAGUGCCUUACGGAAUUGACUGUGCCACUUCUGGAGCUUCUGUUGAAGAAGACGUAGAGUUGCUUGAUUUUGUACAGCUAACACGUUGGAUAGAAGUAAGAAGCUACAAUUCUCUACGGCAUCGUUUAAGGCUCUGAUGGAAACUUCCUUCUACAGACUAGAAAAGGAAAAAAAAAAUUAACUUAUAAAAAGAUAAAUCGCCAUAUUAUUUCUCUGCCUUACUUGUAAUUGAACCUCUCCUGCAUAUGUUGAAGUUUCUGGAGGAUUAUGCACUUGAUGAGGUUCAGCUAAACUCUUGGGGCGGCUCUAAAAUUGGUAAUUUUUUAGUGAAUGGAAAAAGGUGUCCUUAUUUUAA